GUGCCUGGCCGCGGGCCGGGCGUGCGCCAAGUUCAGCUACCAACCGCUCAGCCAGGCCAGCAUGGUGGAUCACUUGCUUCCAGUGGACGAGAACUUCUCGUCACUGAAGUGCCCGGUUGGUUAUCUGGGAGAUAGGCUAGCAGGCGGGCAGGCAUACCACAUGCUGCCCUCACCCCUCUCAGAAGAUGACAGCGAUGCCUCCAGCCUCUGUUCCUGUGCCAGCCCCGACUCACAAGUCCUCUGCUCCUGCUAUAGUGGUGGCCCAGGCACUGAGGGCCAAGACAACAUCUUGGACUUCCUGCUGUCCCAGGCUACACUGGGCAGUGGUAGCAGCAGUGGCACUGGGGUCGGCAGUGGCCCUAUGGCCUGGGAGGCCUGGCGAAGGGCACCGGCACCUGUGAAAGGGGAGCAUUUCUGCUUCCCUGAGUUUCCUGUGGGUGACGCCAAUGAUGUCCCAAGGCCCUUCCAGCCCACACUUGACGAGAUAGAAGAGUUUCUGGAGGAGAACAUGGAGCCGGGAGUCAAGGAGGUCCCAGAGAGCAACAGCAAGGACUUGGGGGACUGCAGCCAGCUCUCAGCUGGGCCACACAGAAGCCAUCUCCAUCCUGGGUCUGGUGGGCGAGAACGCUGCGCUCCCCUACCGGGUGGUGCCAGUGCAGGUGACACCCAGGGUCCAGAUGUGGGACCUGCAUCUGAAGGCCCUAUCCCCUUGCUGCUGCAGAUCCAGCCUGUGCAGGUGAAGCAGGAAUCAGGCACAGAGCCUGUUUCCCCUGGGCAGACCCUGGAGAGUGUAAAGGUAGCCCAGCUCCUGGUCAACAUCCAAGGGCAGACCUUUGCGCUCCUGCCCCAGGUGGUACCCACCUCAAACUUGAACCUGCCCUCCAAGUUUGUGCGCAUCGCCCCUGUGCCCAUUGCCGCCAAGCCCAUUGGGUCAGGACCCCUGGGGCCUGGCCCCACUGGCCUCCUCAUGGGCCAGAAAUUCCCCAAGAACCCAGCAGCAGAACUGAUCAAAAUGCACAAAUGUACUUUCCCUGGCUGCAGCAAGAUGUACACCAAAAGCAGCCAUCUCAAGGCCCACCUGCGACGGCAUACAGGCGAGAAGCCCUUUGCCUGCACCUGGCCGGGCUGCGGCUGGAGGUUCUCACGCUCAGACGAGCUGUCGCGGCACAGGCGCUCACACUCGGGAGUGAAGCCCUACCAGUGCCCUGUGUGCGAGAAGAAGUUCGCACGGAGUGACCACCUGUCCAAGCACAUCAAGGUGCACCGCUUCCCCAGGAGCAGCCGCUCAGUACGAGCUGCCAACUGAGCCCCCUCACCCUGACCCUGCUCCCUCGGAUAGCCCCAAUAUUUUGUAGCAAUAAUUUAUUUGCACCCUUCAGAGGGACAUGACAAGGUUAUGAUCCCACCUUCUGAAGCCCGGGUGGGGUGGGUACAGGACAAAGGGGGCUGGCCCGGGAGGCCAAAACCCAGAGCCCCCUCCUACUGCCUUUCUUGGGGAGACCCAGCCCCCAACCUAGAGGCCAUCGUUUGUGCCUUCACGCCUUCGCCUUCGUGCCUUCCUGCGUGCCCACUUCUGCUGCAGUGGCCUGGGGGGCCUGGCCCUUCUUCCACUGGGCUCCCUGCCGGGGCCAGGGCCAGUGCCAGCACUUAUUGCCCAGGAAGAUGAAAUGUGCAGUUUUGAAAUGUCAGAUCCCAGAGGGAGCCACGCUGGGAAGGAGGAAAUAGGCCAAAAGUCCUAGGCUGCACCGUGGCAUGUGGGUAGCUUUGUCCAAGAUGCCUUGCUCAGCCUGACUACCAGAAGGUAUGGGCAGGGUGGCUAGGAGUGCAGGACCUGGCUUCUGGGUAGCUUCGAGAUUGAGGUGAAAAGGCCCCCCUUGGUGGUGGUUGUGAUGGGGGGUUGCUGACAGUGCAUGUGCUUGAGUUAAAUGUGCAGGGCGGGCAGACAAAUGUAGGCUUGCCCAGGAUUGUCUCUAUCCAGCGUGGCUCAUCCCCUUAUCCUGUUUCCAGACAAAUUCAGCCUCCAGGGUUACCUUUGGGAGGAGAGGGGAGCAGGCUGCAGUGCAUGUAGAAGAACCAGAUAGAACCCCCCAAUCCUGAUUUAGAGAUGCAUUCCUUUUUUUUGUCUAGAAAUUAAUAUCAAAUGAACUAGCUUGUUUUGACAGGUUUAUUUCACAUCCUAUGAAUGUAUGUAAAUAAACUGUACAUAGGUACAUCUACAUAAAAUAUCUUUUAAUAACAUAUCAGCAUUUAUGUAAAUUUGAAAUUUUGAAAAUCUAUAAAGCUGGUGUACAUAUGUUACAAUUAUGUAUAUUUUCUUUGGUCCUUCAUAAAAAUAUAUUUACUUUGCCAAUAAAAGGAAAAAAGAACUCAAUAA